AUGAGCUGACUAUAAGUUUAUUGGCCAGUUAUAUGGAGCCAGAAUCCUUAAAGUUACUAUACAUUCAUGGAAAUGGAGACAUUUUGGUAGAUUAUAAGCAGCGUCUCUUACAUUUAUUCUAUGCGCUACCUAGUUUUCUUCGACACAGAAUAGCUGAAUGGCGUGCACAAGCUGUUGAAAAUGACUAUCCAGCCACAGCGGUUGUUCUGCGAGGUUUAGGCUGCAGCCAAAGUCGUAAAACAUUAAUCAGAAAAAUUAAUGAUUACAAGCGCGAAUUUUUCUCACGUUGGAAUGACAUCAAACUAGAUGUAUUAGUAUGCCCAACUUCACCAAUACCUGCUCCAUGGGAUGAUAGUCCAUCGUAUGUAACUAAUUGUGUAUUGCCGUUUACAUGUUUAUACAAUUUGCUUGGUUGUCCAGCUGGUACUUUAUCUGUGGGACGCGUUGAAAAGUGUGAUUUGCAAGCAUGUGACAAUAUCUCCAAUGAUCAUUUCAAAGUUUCUCCGCAUAAUAUGAUGUUCUCUGAACAGCAUAAAGGUUCGGAAGGUUUGCCGAUUGGUGUACAAGUUAUCGCAAAACCAUGGAAUGAUGAAUUAGCACUUGGGCUACUCUCCAGAUUACAAUCAAUUCUAACUUGAUUACUUUUAUCUAUUGUCACUUUGCAGCUCACCAGUUAGUUCAACUUUUGCUCAAUUAUGUUUGCACAAAUAUUCAUACUUUAUUAGUGAUUUAUGAUUCCUUUUACAGUAAAAUAUCUCUCUAUUUUCAAAAGAUCUUCUCAGUCAAUGUGAUGUAAAAUUAUAGUUUUAUUAGUGAAUUAUUCACAGCCAUGUUAUUGGUUAUAUUCUUGUUUACAUUCUGACAAUUUUCAAGUCUUCUCAAAAAUCAAAGUUUAUGUAGUCUAUACAUUUUGUAUGUUUUUAAUGGGUGGACCAAGUGCUUAUUUUGUAAACCAUGUUCUUGUGGUUCUGCUAAAUGUAUCAAUAUUUUCAUGUAUAUAUUUGUUUUAGCAAAAUAUAAUUCGCUUGUGUGCAUACUAAAUUGAAAAUAAUCAGGUGACAGUUUUAAUUUAUUUCACAACGUUUUAUUAAAG